CAUAUACGAUAUAUGUGUGUGUAUGUAUGUAUGAAGAAAAAGUACGACAAGUAUACGCCACAUUGUUGUAUGUCACGUAGACAGGCCCCGUAAAAGCGCUAUAUAGCGAGUGAAAGCAGCAGCAGCAGCACAGAGAGCAAGAGAGCCAAAGCUAGGGAGAGAGAGAGAGUGUGGAGCACGCGCAAAAGAGAUAACAGCAUCCUACAUUACGUUUUCUUGUCUUCGUUGUACAUUCGGUUUACGGCUUUUGCCUUCGUUUCGUGUUCGUUGGCAUUCGGGUUGCCUUCGGCUUGCCGCAUUUUUCGACUACAACUAUAUUGGCCUGGCCAAGCGGCACAAAACGGUAGUUGCCUGCGAUAAGUCGCCCACAUCGUUCACUUUCGUGAUUCUUUACCCGGAAUUUUUUUUAAUAAACGCGCGCGCGUUUUUUUCCCUUCCGUUAGUUGAAUUGAAUUUCGUAUUCUUCGCUGAGAGCUGAAAUUCACGGCGAAAUAAUUUUAGCUACUUGUUAUCCGUCCAUGCCAUGCGCGAUAAAAUAUCACAACUAUUUUGCUUGCAAAAGAACGCAUGCAAAACUAAUUCAACAGAUAAUCGAGGACAUAAUGUGCCAACAAAAGCAACGUGCAACAAUGGGACAAUGUGUGCCAAUGGGUCUGUUGGAACAGAAGGGCCCGAAGCGACAGAGACCGACACAUCAGGGACCGGGCGGUUGCGGAAGCCGCUGGAGAGGAAUGGCUCAACGCCGAACGACACUGUUCACCUCGAGAGAAGGCUGGGCCUCUUCAGUGGGGUGGCUUUAAUUGUCGGAACUAUGAUAGGGUCUGGAAUAUUUGUGUCACCCUCCGGUUUACUGGUUCGCACUGGUUCCGUUGGAGUUAGCUUUAUAAUCUGGCUUGCCUGUGGUCUGCUCUCGCUCUUGGGCGCUCUGGCAUAUGCUGAACUUGGCACGAUGAACACAUCAUCUGGUGCAGAAUGGGCCUAUUUUAUGGAUGCCUAUGGACCGGCGCCGGCAUUUCUAUUCUCAUGGGUAUCGACAUUGGUAUUGAAGCCAUCACAAAUGGCCAUAAUAUGUUUAUCAUUUGCCCAAUAUGCAGUGGAAGCCUUUAUGACGGAAUGUGAUCCACCCCGUGGCGUUGUCAAAAUGGUGGCUCUGGUGGCAAUCGUGAUGAUCCUUUUCGUCAAUUGCUAUAGCGUCAAUGCGGGCAUGGCCGUUCAAAAUGUAUUCACUGCAGCCAAAUUGGUUGCUGUGCUCAUUGUGAUUUGUGGCGGUGCCUGGAAACUCUUACAGGGCAAUACGGAUCAUCUAUCGAAUGCAUUUAGUGGGCCAUUACCAAAUGUUGGCUCAAUUGCUACAGCAUUUUAUACAGGAUUAUGGGCCUACGAUGGCUGGAAUAAUCUCAACUAUGUAACCGAAGAGAUCAAGAAUCCAAGCAAGAAUUUGCCACGUUCAAUUAUAAUUGGCAUACCGUUGGUAACCCUAUGCUAUGCCCUUAUAAAUAUCUCCUAUUUGGCAGCCAUGUCACCGCAAGAGAUGAUUGAAUCGGAUGCGGUGGCGGUAACCUUUGGCAAUCGGAUAUUGGGCGCCUUGGCCUGGCUAAUGCCAUUGAGUGUUACCAUUAGUACAUUUGGUAGUGCAAAUGGUACACUCUUUGCUGCCGGACGUCUUUGCUUUGCGGCCAGCCGUGAAGGACAUUUACUGGAUAUUCUAUCUUAUGUACAUGUGCGACGUCUAACACCAGCUCCAGGCCUGAUAUUCCAUUCGCUGAUUGCCUCGGCUAUGGUGCUGCAUGGCACAAUUGAUUCACUGAUUGAUUUCUUCAGUUUCACCGCUUGGAUAUUCUAUGGCGGAGCCAUGUUGGCCCUUAUCGUGAUGCGUUAUACCAAACCCAACUAUCCACGGCCAUAUAAAGUGCCAAUUAUCAUUCCUGUUGUGGUUUUGGUUAUAUCCAUAUAUCUGGUUGCCGCACCCAUAUUUGAAACACCACGCAUUGAGUAUCUAUAUGCGUUGAUCUUCAUCUUUGCUGGCCUCAUAUUCUAUGUGCCAUUUGUUAAAUUGGGAAUGACGCCGCGAUUUAUGAACAAAGUAACGCUAUUCUUUCAGCUGCUAUUGGAGGUGGUACCCACCUCAUCAAUGGCCAUGUUUGAGUAAUAGUCAUAUAGUCACUACUCUAUAAAACAAGAGAGAAAAAUAGAAUGCUCAAUUCGCCUGCAAAUUAUGUUUACGGGUGAUGAUGAUGAUGAUAAGGAUGAUGAUGAUGAUAAUGAUGAUGAUGAUG